AGAAUCAUUAUUGAAAUGUCAUCGAAAUGGGUCACUGUCUUGCGGGAUAGGGCCAUGUAUCCCUUCGCAAAGCGGGCCCGUUUUCCACGUCUAGGAAAAGAGAAGGCAGAAACUGCGUCCAUCACCCGGUCACUCAUAAUGAAAUAUCGGCACCUAAUUCCGGUGUCAGCUAUUUGCAGCAGCUUCUUCUCCCAUCCAACCAAGUCUCUCUUCUUCACCUCUCGUUCUCUCCCUCAUUCCUUCGUCAACAACAAGUAUCCAUUGUCCAUUUUCUUCACUUCUUCUUCUUCUUCUUCUAUGGAGAAGCAAUUUGAGGACCUGCGCCUUCAGCUGGAAGAAUCUGGAAGCCUCCGGGAGCGGAUUCGGUCAGUUGCGAUGGACAUGGACUCAGCCAUCCGACUCAUGCACUCCAGCCUCCUCCUCGUCCAUCAGUCUCUUCCCGUUGCAGAGGUUUUGGAGAAGGUUAUGGUUCAGAUCGGAGUGCUCAAGGAGUUUUAUGGGCGGAUUGCUGAAAUUCUUCGGGAAUGCCCCGGACAGUAUUAUAGGUAUCAUGGGGAUUGGAGAAGUGAGACACAGACAGUGGUGUCGCUUCUUGCAUUUCUGCAUUGGUUAGAAACAGGGAAUCUUCUUAUGCAUACGGAAGCUGAGGAGAAACUUGGAUUGGAUGCUUCAGAAUUUGGUCUUGACAUUGAAGACUAUCUUAUUGGAUUAUGUUUCAUGUCCAAUGAAUUGCCAAGAUAUGUAGUGAACCGAGUGACAGCAGGGGACUAUGACUGUCCAAGAAAAGUGUUGAAGUUCCUAACAGAUCUCCAUGCUGCAUUCCGCAUGCUUAAUCUUCGAAAUGACUUUUUACGAAAGAAGUUUGAUGGCAUGAAAUAUGACUUGAGAAGAGUGGAAGAAGUAUACUACGAUGUUAAGAUCAGAGGCUUGUCAGACAGGGCUGAUUCGGUUGAGGACGACCAAACAACAAGCCACUGUGUUGAUGCAUAAACAGUCCUUUUUGUGCUACUACUGCCACUCUCAUUUGACCUUGUAUGUUUUAACCUAGAAUUUUGCUUUGAUGGAAAAUCAGAAAGCCAUUCAUGAAUACGUACUCGGAUGGAUGGGAGCAUCUGGAUUUGAUUUGAAAUUUUUUUUUCCUUCUGAAUUCUGAUAUGAAAGAAGUUAGUAUGAGGAGGAUGCCGACUCAGCUUAAGAGUCUCUCUGUUUGGUGGGUCAGUCGAUGCUCAUUUGUGAAAGACUGAGCUGAGUCUCUGUACAAGUCAACAGAAUUGAAUGAAUUGUUUUAGCUUGAGAGUGAAAGGGCAGCGUCACGACCCUGCCUUUCUUUCUCUGUUGAGGGAGUUUCUCAGUAUUUUCCAU